CACUGAAUACUAGUCACAAUGGCAGAACUCACAGAAGCUCAACGUGAGUUCCUGGAUACUUGCGAGAAGGAGUUUUCUAAAAGAUAUACAAGUGAAGAUAAAGCUUUUAUGCAGGUUAAGAAUGCUCUACCCAUUCCUCCGCCUUCAGUUCAUCCUUGGUAUGUGAAGAAGGAUAAUAGAGGGUUGGAUGAGGGCAGGGGGGACAGGAACCAUGAUGGAAAGAGAAAGGGCUCUGAAGGAGGAUACAAUGAGAGGAGAGGAUACCAGGACAAGAGAGGGUAUCAGGACAGGAGAGGAUACCAGGAUAGGAGAGGAUACGGAGAUAGGAAUCAUGGAAGUCGGGAUGAAAGAGACAAUUUCUAGUUCGUUUAAGUACGAAUAUUUAUAGUUCAAUAUUUUACUUCCGACUUUGAUACUAUUCUUAACAGUACUAUGUUUAGGUUAAACUUCGGAAGAAAGCAAUAUUUUCUAUUAAUAUUCUGUUCACAUUUUGUACACGGUAUCAAUAAUUCUUGACACUAUUAUUCCAGAUAUAUGAUGAGAUAAGAUCUGAAAUGUCUAACCUAGGACCAAACUACCCAGGCUACCCUGGACAAGGAUCGAUGAAUCCCCAGCACCCUCCGUCCUCUCCCUUUCAGCAACCAAAAGCAUCCCCUUCCCAUCCCAGUCAGCUCUCAGUCCGGAGUUCUCCGUCCCAUCCUUCACAACUACAGAGCAUUCGGAGCUCCCCGUCCCAUCCUUCCCAACUUCAGAGUGUUCGAAGUUCUCCGUCCCAUCCUUCUCAACUCCAGAACGUACGAAACUCCCCUUCUCAUCCCUCUCAACUCCAAACCAUUCGCAGCUCACCUUCUCAUCCCAGUCAGAUGCAAUUACCUGUCGGAGCUGUUGGUUCAUCUUCUCAGGGUGCAUCCCAUCCAUCCCAUCAGGAGUCAGAAGAUCAAAGUAAACUCAGGUUCCAGGUAGAGAUGGAGUUUGUGCAGAGUCUUGGGAACCCUAACUAUCUUCACUUCCUGGCUCAGCGAGGAUACAUGAAAGAUCCCUGUUUUGUAAACUAUAUCAAAUAUCUCCAGUACUGGCAGGACCCACAGUACGUCAAGUACCUAAAGUAUCCAGUUUGCCUGCAUUUCCUGGAGCUGUUGCAGCAUGAAACCUUUCGUAAAGAAAUUGUUAGCGGUCAGUGUGCCAGGUUCCUGGACGACCAGGUUCUACUACACUGGCAGCACUACACUAGGAAAAGAGCAAAACUGUUUGAGACUGCCACAGUUCCUGGAAACGCCACACAGACAUAAAACACCAUGUUUAUUAUUUACUGUACAACAUGUACAGUGUAAAGUGUGCUGACUCAACAGUUUUAUUGUAAUUGUAAAUUAAUGAGAGAAAAAAAACAUUACAUCACUCAUGUUCUUUGAAUCGUAAUGGACAAGGACAUUAAAUAGAAAUUAUUAAUUUUUU